AUUUGACUUCACCUUUUUUCCCCAUAUGAUAAGAGUCUCAUCUCUUUCCUAUAUAUAUUUCGUACCUCUCUUUAAGGACCCUACGUCUCUCUCUUUCUCUCUACUCUCUGUUUCCUCAUAAUUCAAUCACUAUAUUUUUUUAAAAACAUUUGACUUCAUCGAUCGGUUAACAAUUAAUCAAAAAGAUGGGACGAUCACCAUGUUGUGAGAAGAAGAAUGGUCUCAAGAAAGGACCAUGGACUCCUGAGGAGGAUCAAAAGCUCAUUGAUUAUAUCAAUAUACAUGGUUAUGGAAAUUGGAGAACUCUUCCCAAGAAUGCUGGGUUACAAAGAUGUGGUAAGAGUUGUCGUCUCCGGUGGACCAACUAUCUCCGACCAGAUAUUAAGCGUGGAAGAUUCUCUUUUGAAGAAGAAGAAACCAUUAUUCAACUUCACAGCAUCAUGGGAAACAAGUGGUCUGCGAUUGCGGCUCGUUUGCCUGGAAGAACAGACAACGAGAUCAAAAACUAUUGGAACACUCACAUCAGAAAAAGACUUCUAAAGAUGGGAAUCGACCCGGUUACACACACUCCACGUCUUGAUCUUCUCGAUAUCUCCUCCAUUCUCAGCUCAUCUAUCUACAACUCUUCGCAUCAUCAUCAUCAUCAUCAUCAACAACAUAUGAACAUGUCGAGGCUCAUGAUGAGUGAUGGUAAUCAUCAACCAUUGGUUAACCCCGAGAUACUCAAACUCGCAACCUCUCUCUUUUCAAACCAAAACCACCCCAACAACACACACGAGAACAACACGGUUAACCAAACCGAAGUAAACCAAUACCAAACCGGUUACAACAUGCCUGGUAAUGAAGAAUUACAAUCUUGGUUCCCUAUCAUGGAUCAAUUCACGAAUUUCCAAGACCUCAUGCCAAUGAAGACGACGGUCCAAAAUUCAUUGUCAUACGAUGAUGAUUGUUCGAAGUCCAAUUUUGUAUUAGAACCUUAUUACUCCGACUUUGCUUCAGUCUUGACCACACCUUCUUCAAGCCCGACUCCGUUAAACUCAAGUUCCUCAACUUACAUCAAUAGUAGCACUUGCAGCACCGAGGAUGAAAAAGAGAGUUAUUACAGUGAUAAUAUCACUAAUUAUUCGUUUGAUGUUAAUGGUUUUCUCCAAUUCCAAUAAACAAAACGCCAUUGGAAUAGAGUUAUGUAAACAUGCAAUCAUUGUAUUUGUUAUAUAGAUUUUGUUACAUAUCCAAAAUCCAAAAUACUAUAGUUUUAAAAUAUUUAUUACUAAAGUAUAUUCGUCAAGGGGAAAGCAACAUCCCACCAGUAAACAA